AAGGUGCAAAGGUCAGACAGUGAAGCGUCGCAUGGUCAGAGAAGCCAACUAUCACUUUAUCUAUCAGCAAAUUUCAUUGAGGUUAUGCCAUCAUCCAUACCAGAUUAAUUCUCCGUCUAAGGGCAUGGUUAGCGUCUGAAAGUUUUCUUGAGAUAGUUCGGGGAGGAGAUUCGAGCCGAGGACCUCUUCUGAUUUGCAAAAGUGCACUACCCACUACCAAGACUGAAUGGCCAAACUAUGCGUCCUCACAUGUUCAGUUUUCCUACGCUUAGAAAGGUCCAAGAGGCUGGCAUCACUUUCCGAAGGACCCGCCCACUCUCCAUUGAGAGCCAAACCCUCAAAUCAAUAAAGCCAUGUCCCAAAACACAUGACUCGUCUUGAUGUAGUGAAACAAUCAACAAUUCGACGACGCCAAUCUAAAUCCAGUGAAACCCGACGUGUGGCAUCACCUAGUCGAGAGAUCAAUUGUCUCCAAACUCCACUCACUCUGGAUGAUAGGGUCCAAUAUCUACCCGAUCAAUUGGUGCUUGGACAAAAGUUUGCGUAUGUGUGGUACGCUGCUUCAACUCCGUAUUUAUGCUCGGCUUUAACAGCUUUGAAAUGGCUCCAAAACCACCGUUUAAAGAACCCUUGGCCUAUCAAGUUUCAUGUCGAUUAUAUUUUGAUGUUUGUAAACAAGAACUUGCCAGGAGGAGUGAACAAUGAUCUCCUUGGGCAAUGGAAAUUGGCGGGGGGGCUCUUAAAAAAUAUGUCGUCCGUGGUUGCGGCAGGCCCUCAUCCCUAUUACAAAGCCACUUAUCAGAAGUUCCAAGCCUUCAAGCUGAUUGAGUAUGCUCGUGCCAUCUUCUUAGACGCUGAUGGGAUCCCUUUGAAAACGUUGGAUCACUUAUUCCAAAUAAGAUUACCAUCUAACAUCACAAUCGCAGCUCCACAAGCCUAUUGGUUCAAGAACAAUGGAAUCUUACCAGGAUCGCCACAAUUAUGUCCAGGCGUAAGACAUGUGACGGUUACAUCGGCUCUUAUGUUGUUCAAGCCCAGCUUGGAGCUCUUUGAAAGAGUAUCACAACAUUUUGGUACCAAGAAGAUCGCCUCCAAGAAGACUAACUACGACAUGGAUAUCGUGAAUAAGGAAUUCAGUUGUCGGGAUAACAUUUUCAUCCUACCCAAGCAUUAUGGUACGUUGGACUCGGAGUUCUGCAAAGAUGCGCAAUUAUUCAAGAGAACUGGCAACUGUCGGUACUUUCCGGACACGCAGUACAUGCAUUUCAGUGCUUUGGGCAAACCGUGGACCCGUGGGGAUGCUGAAGCGCGAUAUUACAUUAGUACAUUUUCCUAUCAGGUAGCAGUACAGCUCAUUGAAUGGCAGCAAGCAGCUCAAGAAAUGUGUCCAAAAGUCAUCAAUGCUUUGAAGCUGUAAGAACACAUCUACUUAAAGGGCUUUUUCACGUCCUCAGUGAAUACUUUUGCAGCCGUCAGAACGUCCCACCCAAACGAUUCGAAACGCAAAUUCUUCUUAAUAUAUUUCUUGAUUCGGUUUUGUUGUUAGAGUGAAAAGUGAAAAUAAACUUACAAAAUGGUGUGGGGAUGGCACACUGGACUCUAGCCGUAGGAAAGAACAAAAACGUUCAUACCGAAUUGGAAGCCGGAAAGAGUAAUCAUGCGCGGAAUCACUGGCAGGAUAGCGAAACUUCACAAUUUGACGUUUAUAAAAUUGAAUUACAGUAUUAGAGUUUAACCUCUUUUUCGCAAAAGGUUGUCUUAGUUUUUCAUUUUUUAAUCCUUUAUAUACGGGUUUCUAACCGAUGCUUGGGAAUGAUUUCCCAGAUAGUCAUGUUUGAAUAAAAAAUAGGUCCGAUAAUGAGUUCAAGUUUACCGCUCUGAAACAUCCCUGAAGGCAAGCUUGGUCAACUAUUGAUAGCAAAAAUCGAUCAAGAUCCGUUUAAAACUUAACAAAGGUUCAUCUAAAUCAUAGAAUUGUCGGAGAGCUAGAGGUAAAAGGUUAAACCAUGGACAACGGUACAAUGGAACACGGACUUCUAGAAAUAAUGGACUGCAAACGAGCUUCCCCGCAAAUCGGCCUGCUCUUUGUCAUAGCCAGUCUGAGCCACUUUUCGAAUUAAAGCAAUAAGAUAAGAAAUGUAGAUCCCUUCAAUUAACGGUAGGUCAAUUUUAUAUAAUUUACAUGCUAAGUCGAUCGUUUCAAAGUUAUGUUGUCAAAAGCUUAUGUAGCUGACCAAGAGCAGGCCGAAAAUUC